UUCACGGUGUGCAUUGUGUGAUUGGAUGACUCAGAGCAUGAACCCACACGCGCUCAUUAAAUAUUCAUGAGCUGUUCACUGCCAUCCUCGAGAGAGAAAAAAAACACCUGCAACUUUACUCCGAGAUCCCAUAUUUCCGACAGCUCCUGAAUGCAGCAGCAGGCUGACUGGCUCUGUGAAGAUGGCGGACUGUAUACGUGUUCCUCUGCUCCUGCUUUUGAUGUGCAUCUUGUCGUUUGUGCAUCCAAUUCGAGGAGAUGGCAUUAAUAUAAACAGAGCUCCUGGUAGAUCCGAUAACGCACAGAAUUCACCCGCAGGUCUGGCUCCGGUUGCGGUGAACCCGGGAGCAGCUGAGAGGAACCCGGGCGCCGGGGCCUCGCUCCCUCGGAGGCGCUCUGCCGGCUGGAAGUUGGCUGAGGAGGCGGUGUGCAGGGAAGACCUGACCCGGCUUUGCCCCAAACAUUCGUGGAACAACAACCUGGCGGUGCUGGAGUGUCUCCAGGACAAGAAAGAGGAAACCGAGAUUGCUGCCGAAUGCAACCAUCUCUUGUGGAACUACAAGCUCAACCUGACCACCGACUCAAAGUUUGAGUCUGUAGCUGUUGAAGUCUGCAAGACCACCAUCUCUGAGAUCAAAGAAUGUGCAGCGGAGGAGCUGGGGAAGGGCUACCUGGUGUCCUGCCUGGUGGAUCACCGUGGGAACAUCAGCGACUACCAGUGCAACCAGUACAUCACCAAGAUGACGAGCAUCGUAUUCAGCGACUACCGGCUGAUCUGCGGCUUCAUGGCCAAGUGUCACGAUGACAUCAAUGCUCUGCACUGCGGCAGCAUCAGCACCGGAGAGAAGGACAUUCAUUCUCAAGGUGAGGUGAUCGCCUGUCUGGAGAAAGGUUUGGUGCGGGAGGCCGAGGAGCAGCCGGGGGCGCACACCAUCAGGGAAGAAUGUAAAAAGUCCAUUAUGAGAGUCGCCGAGCUCUCGUCAGACGACUUUCACCUGGACCGCUACCUGUACUUUUCCUGCCGCGACGACCGAGAACGCUUCUGUGAAAAUACACUGGCCGGUGAGGGACGGGUUUAUAAAUGUCUCUUCAAUCACAAGUUUGAGGAGGCGAUGUCUGAGAGGUGCCGCGAGGCGUUGACCACCAGGCAGAAGCUGAUCGCCCAGGACUACAAGGUGAGCUACUCACUGGCCAAAGCUUGCAAGUCAGACCUGCGAAAAUACCACUGCAGCGCUGACUCCAACAUGCCCCGAGCCCGAGAAGCCCGUCUGUCCUACCUGCUGCUCUGUCUGGAGUCUGCUGUGCACAGAGGUCGUGUGGUCAGUGGUGAAUGUCAGGGUGAGAUGAUGGACUACAGGCGGAUGCUGAUGGAGGAUUUCUCUCUGAGUCCGGAGAUAGUGCUGCACUGUCGGAGCGAAAUCGAGGGUCACUGUUCGGGCCUGCACCGCAAAGGACGAACGCUGCACUGCCUGAUGAAGGUUGGCCGAGGAGACGCGGCAGCCAUCGACCCCAACUGUCAGAGGGCGCUCCAGACUCUGAUCCAGGAAGCUGACCCUGGAGCAGACUACCGCAUUGACCGAGCGCUCAACGAGGCCUGCGAGUCCGUCAUCCAGACUGCCUGCAAACACAUCCGCAACGGAGACCCCAUGAUCCUGUCCUGCCUGAUGGAACAUCUGUACACUGAGAAGAUGGUGGAGGACUGUGAACACAGACUGCUGGAGCUGCAGUACUUUAUCGCCAGAGACUGGAAGUUGGACCCCGUUUUGUAUAAGAAAUGUCAGGGAGAUGCUGCCCGGCUCUGCCACACUCACGGCUGGAACGAGACCAGCGAAAUGAUGCCGCCCGGCGCAAUUUUCUCCUGCCUCUACCGCCAUGCCUAUCGCUCUGUGGAGCAGGGGCGGAGGCUCUCCAGGGACUGUAAGGUGGAGGUGCAGAGGAUUCUGCACCAGAGGGCGUUGGAUGUGAAGCUGGACCCUGAGCUCCAGAGACGAUGUAUGACCGACCUGGGGAAGUGGUGCAGUGAGAAGACUGAGGCCGGACAGGAGCUGGAGUGUCUGCAGGAUCACCUGGAGGAUCUGGUUUCUGACUGCAGAGACGUGGUGGGAAACCUGACAGAGCUGGAGUCAGAGGAUAUUCAGAUCGAGGCACUGCUGAUGAGAGCCUGUGACCCCGUCAUCCAGAACCACUGCCACGAGGUGGCUGAUAAUCAGAUCGACACUGGUGAUCUGAUGGACUGUUUGGUUCAGAACAAACACCAGAAGGAGAUGACAGAGAAGUGUGCGGUGGGAGUGACGCACUUCCAGCUGAUUCAGAUCAAAGAUUUCCGUUUCUCCUACAAGUUCAAGACCGCCUGCAAGGAGGAUGUUCUGAAACUGUGUCCCAAUAUCAAGAAGAAGGUGGACGUUGUGAUCUGUCUCAGUACCACGGUGAGGAACGACACCCUGCAGGACGCCAAGGAGCAGCGAGUGUCCGUCAGAUGUCGUAAACAGCUGCGGGUGGAGGAGGUGGAGAUGUCGGAGGACAUCCGCCUGGAGCCGGAGCUGUACGACUCCUGUAAGCAGGACAUCAACAGACUGUGUCAGAACAUACAAUUCGGCAACGCACAGGUUAUCGAGUGUCUGAAGGAGAACAAGCGUCAGCUGACACAGCGCUGCCACCAGCGGAUCUUCAAGCUGCAGGAGGUGGAGAUGGUUGAUCCUGAACUGGACUACCAGCUGAUGAGAGUCUGCAAGCACAUGAUCAGGCGCUUCUGCACAGAGUCCGAGGGAAAGAACGUUCUUCAGUGUCUGAAACAGAACAAGAACAGCGAGCUGAUGGAUCCUAAAUGCAAACAGUUGAUCACCAAGAGACAAAUUACCCAGAACACAGACUACAGGCUGAACCCGGUGCUGAGGAAGGCCUGUAAAGCCGACAUCCCAAAGUUCUGUCAGCCCAUCCUGAACAAGGCAACGCCCGACAGCGAGCUGGAGGGUCAGGUUAUCUCCUGCCUCAAACUCAAAUAUGCUGACCAGCGUUUGUCUCCAGACUGUGAGGAUCAGAUCCAAAUCAUCCUGCAGGAGUCAGCGUUGGACUACAGACUGGACCCUCAGCUGCAAAUGCACUGCACACAAGAGAUUUCCAGGCUGUGUCCGGAAGAAGCGGCAGCUCAGGAGCAGACAGGGCAGGUGGAGGAGUGUCUGAAGGUGAACCUGCUGAAGAUCAAACAGGAAGCAUGUAAGAAGGAAGUGUUAAAUAUGCUGAAGGAAAGUAAGGCAGACAUCUUUGUCGACCCCGUCCUGCACACAGCGUGCGCUCUGGACAUCAAACACCAUUGUGCAGCCAUCCCACCUGGCAAAGGGCGACAGAUGUCGUGCCUGAUGGAGGCGCUGCAGGAUAAGCGUGUUCGUCUGCAGCCGGAGUGCAAGAAGAGACUUCACGAUCGCAUCGAGAUGUGGAGCUAUGCUGCCAAGGUGGCUCCUGCUGAGGGUUUCUCAGACCUGGCCAUUCAGGUGAUGACAUCACCAUCCAAGAACUAUAUCCUGACUGUGAUUGGUGCAGGUGUGGCGCUGCUCUUCCUGGUUGGGCUGCUCUGUGGCAGAUUCACCAAACGCGUCACUCAGGAGCUGAAGGACAGGUAGACCCCGCCCACUCCGGGGUCAGGACACACCCACAGGAGAAACGACCACGGCUAAAAGAACCCCCCCCCCCUUCAUUUGCCCUGCCUCUCCUCCACCUGCCUCCCCCAAUCCGCCACUUCAGUACCAUCCCCUCCCCCCACUUAACCCCCCUUCUGCCAUCGCUGGAAUGACAUUACCCACAAUCCUACAGGCAAAAGUGGGCUUGAUCAGUGACUCACCUGCUCUUCUUCUACACAGGCCCCGCCCACUCUCAGAGGCCACGCUCACUGUCGCCUCGCUGUCUUUAUUUUAUUUUCCCCCCGUUCAUUGCUUUUUUCUCUUCCUGAGCUUUGAUAGUUUCACCCACCUGAUGUAGAUUCAGUAUUACUCCACUUUUUUUCCCCCUCCCCUCUCUCCUUUUUCUGUGGGGUGGAGGGGUGAGGAGUGGGAGGGUGAAGGGUCGCGGUUGUAAGGAUUCGGGGUCAGAGGUCAAGAUUUAGGGAGAGGGAGGUGAAUGAAAUCAUUAAGUGUAAAUGUGUAGAAAGUGGGAUGGGAAAUGCUCAUGUAUAGAGCAGUUUAAUGACUCCAGUAUUUUAAUGACUACAGUGUGUGUGUGUGUGUGUGUGUGUGUGAGAAAGUAAGAGGGUGUGUGUGUGUGUGAGAAACUGUCUUUUUACCACCAUAUUGUUCUUGUUUGUCCUGCUAAAGGGGUUUCGAGGGUUGUUUGGCUCUGGAUAUAUCUUUUUUUUUUUUUUUU